AUGUCAUUCUGGCAACUUGGAUGCGCGACUUUUUGUCCUCUAGCUGGCUCCAAACUGCCGCCUAGGCAGUACGCACCUGGGUUUCCCUGCGCCCUUGCAAAGUGUCUUUUCGUAUCGUGUCGUGUCUACGCCAACAGUGUUGCACAUUGUCAGCGCUAUUCAUGGCCUUGCCAGCCAAGUGCUGCGUCUGCUUUUGGUCCCCCAAGAUGCGACGGCCUCAGGAGCUCAAGCUGCAAGCGUCGCAUGUCCAAAAAGGCAGGCACUUGGCGUCGAGAAGGGGGCAAAAGCAUCAAGCUUCCGCAAGACUCAUCAAACAAAGCAGUCGCCCAUGCAAUGUUUACUCGCGCUCCCGGCUGCUGCCCAUGCCGGGCAAUCCGGCCACCGCUCGCGUGCUGCCGAUAA